CUGCAGGCACAACUUGGUGCCCUAUGACCUCCCUCCAAAAAUCCUUGUCCCACCUGGGUUUCUCUCCUCGGCGGCGCUUGCACUUAUGAUCUGUGGUAGGACCCGCCCUCCGCUCCACCGCCCCCUCCAGGUGAGUGGUAUCUUCUUCCCGGCGCGCAAGGUAGUGAUGACACGCGUCCCCCCUCCUCUGAAGGCGGAUUGGUAGCGUCCGUGACGAAGUUAGCCCGAUCCUCCCACGCGCGCCUCCUUCCUCGCCGCCGCAGCGCCCUCUCAGUGCCACUGGCUCUCACGUGCGGGUAGCCUACCCUGCAUCAUCCUCUCGCCUCGCUCUCACUGGGAAGUGACUGUAUUUCCCCCGUUGUCUUCCACCCGGGCCGCCCGGGCGCAGCGGCCCGGCCCGCCCGCUGACGUCACCUUCCAGCCCCGCCCCUCCAGGGUCCCGGGCCCUUGCGGCGGGGGCUGCCCCGGGGGGAGUCAGUUGAGGCGGCGGGAGCUCGGCGGAGGGCGGGCCAGGUGACUGGUCCGGGCCAUGCCGAGGAAGAAGCCUUUCAGCGUGAAGCAGAAGAAAAAGCAGUUGCAGGACAAGCGGGAGCGGAAGCGAGGGCUUCAAGAUGGGCUGCGAUCCAGUUCCAACAGCCGCAGCGGGAGCCGAGAGAGGCGGGAGGAGCAGACCGACACCUCGGACGGGGAAUCUGUGACCCAUCACAUCCGCAGGCUCAACCAGCAACCUUCCCAAGGGCUGGGCCCGCGAGGCUAUGACCCAAAUCGAUACCGGCUGCAUUUUGAGCGAGACAGCCGGGAGGAAGUGGAGAGGAGAAAGAGAGCUGCCCGGGAGCAAGUGCUACAGCCCGUCAGUGCGGAGCUGCUGGAGCUGGACAUCCGGGAGGUCUACCAGCCCGGCUCUGUCCUGGACUUUCCCCGACGUCCUCCUUGGAGCUAUGAGAUGUCUAAGGAGCAACUGAUGAGCCAGGAGGAACGGAGCUUCCAGGAGUAUCUUGGGAAGAUUCAUGGGGCUUACACCUCUGAGAAACUCAGCUACUUUGAGCACAAUCUGGAGACAUGGAGGCAGCUGUGGCGAGUGUUAGAGAUGUCUGAUAUUGUUCUGCUGAUUACUGAUAUCCGACAUCCAGUUGUGAAUUUCCCACCAGCACUUUACGAGUACGUUACUGGAGAGCUUGGGCUGGCCCUGGUGCUUGUCCUGAACAAGGUGGAUCUGGCCCCGCCAGCUCUCGUGGUUGCCUGGAAGCAUUAUUUUCAUCAACACUAUCCCCAGCUCCACAUUGUCCUUUUCACCUCUUUCCCUCGGGAUCCCCGCACCCCACAGGACCCUAGCAGCGUCUUGAAGAAGAGUCGGAGGCGGGGAAGAGGAUGGACUCGGGCUCUGGGGCCAGAGCAGCUGCUGAGAGCCUGUGAAGCCAUCACUGCAGGGAAAGUGGACCUGAGCAGCUGGCGGGAGAAGAUUGCCCGGGAUGUGGCUGGGGCCACCUGGGGUAAUGGCUCCGGGGAGGAGGAGGAAGAGGAGGAUGGGCCGGCUGUCCUGGUGGAGCAGCAGACUGACUCAGCGUUGGAGCCGACAGGCCCCACGCGGGAGCGCUACAAGGACGGGGUGGUGACCAUCGGCUGUGUGGGUUUCCCCAAUGUGGGCAAGUCCUCGCUGAUUAACGGGCUGGUAGGCCGGAAGGUUGUGAGUGUCUCCAGAACCCCGGGCCACACCCGAUACUUUCAGACCUACUUUCUCACUCCCUCCGUGAAGCUCUGUGACUGUCCUGGCCUUAUAUUUCCCUCGCUUCUGCCCAGGCAGUUGCAGGUCCUGGCAGGGAUCUACCCUAUCGCCCAGAUCCAGGAGCCAUACACCGCUGUGGGCUACCUGGCCUCCCGGAUCCCUGUGCAGGCCCUGCUCCAUCUGCGCCACCCAGAGGCCGAGGACCCCUCCGCAGAACACCCCUGGUGUGCCUGGGACAUCUGUGAAGCCUGGGCAGAGAAACGUGGUUACAAGACAGCCAAGGCAGCCCGAAACGAUGUGUACAGAGCGGCCAACAGCCUCCUGCGGCUGGCGUUGGAUGGCCGCCUCAGCCUGUGUUUUCAUCCCCCGGGCUACAAUGAGCAGAAAGGCACCUGGGAGUCCCAUCCAGAGACCAUGGAGCUGGUGGUUUUGCAGGGCAGGGUGGGGCCAGCGGGUGACGAGGAGGAGGAGGAAGAGGAAGAGCUGAGCAGCUCCUGUGAGGAGGAGGGAGAGGAGGACCGGGAUGCGGAUGAGGAGGGGGAAGGGGAUGAGGACACCCCAACCUCGGCUCCAGGGUCCAGCCUGGCCGCCCGAAACCCUUAUGCCCUGCUGGGUGAGGACGAGUGCUGAGUCCCUGCCCUACUCCAUCUCCCCACCUCCCCAAUAUCUUUGCUUUUGGACUGACCCGGGGGUGUCUCCCGUCUGCCGCCCCAGUUGUGAAUAAAGAUUGUCUGCUUUGUAGCCCCUUCCCUAGAUGGACUGAGGUGAGAGCAGCUGUCUCAGGCUGACAGCUGUGGGAGGCUGGCUGCUCUUCCUUUCUUUUCGUGCAUUCUCUUUGCAAAAGAAGAGUUCUCUUAGGAGUUAAUUCAGUGGGUUCUGAGGCCCAACACUGCUCCCUCUGCUCACUCUCCCACUUGUACCUUAGGAAAUGUGUCAUCAACUUGGGGAGGGGCGGUCACUUCAGGCUUCUGAGGCCUGGUCAAAAUCCAGUCCCCUCUGGGAAUUUGUGCUGGUCCCUCUGGUGUUGUAACAACCCCUGUGCGCCCCCUGCUGUCAGUCCUGGGUUAUACCAGGAACUUCUGGAAGAAGCAGCAGCAAGAGAUGUCAUAGCUGAUGUCUCCAAGGGAGAUUUUUUUUAACAGGAUUUAUUCAAAUUCAACAAAUAUUUAUUGAGGUCUCACUGUGUGUCUAGACUUAUGCUAAGCACUGAGCAUAUAAAGCUGCACAAACAGGCCUGACCUAAAUAUACAGACUGGCCGUGAUCGAGACCUCAUUAAUCAGGCACCCAACUUUUUGGAUUAAGAUGGGUGUAUAAUGUUCUCCAAAUCCUUAGGGCUCACACGGUAUAAUUCUAGAACUUCCUGUUGGUGGAGAUACUUAACUAAGACUUGAUGCUUGUGAAAAUGUUAAUUAAAUGUGUACAAGUAGUCCUAAUUACUGGCAAACAAAUAGGGUGCACAUUUAUGAUCUGAGCAGAAGAGCCCUGUAAGUGCAGAAUUAAGUCUCAUUAUAGAGCUUUAACACUAAGGGUGUACUAGAUUCAUAUGGGAGGGCACACAACCAGCCUCCUGAAUCCCACUUACCCUGGUUUGGGAUGGAGCCAAGGAGACCCAGUGCACAGUCUCAGCUGUCUUACGAUAUUAGGUGCAGUUCAGCAGAGGUCAGCUCUUCUGUGAGUCAGGGUGCUUUAGGCCUUGCUGUACAUCUCCCUUGAUAAGCAAGCAGCUGGACUCCUAGAUUUCAUUCUUGGAGAAAAGGAAGAAUGGGCUUUGGUUCACUGGCUGCCACAAUGCUGUCUGGGUAGGGUGGUAGCAAAAAGCGUUUGAUGGGUUAGCCAUCAGGGGUAGGCAUGAGGAGAAGAGGGCGUAUGAUUCCUCUCUCUAAAGCGUUCUGUUCAGGUUCUGGGUCUCAGGCUGCUUUUCAUUCCAGCAGAGACCCAGUCACCCCAGGAGCAAAAGAGGCUGAGGUGAAGUGGACCAUAUUUGGGUCAUUUCUUCCAUUUCUCCUCCUCUGGUCCCAGUGAGGACAUAAGCCCUGGAAUUUGCAUUCCAGUGCAGUUUAAAUACAGCAUGUGAAUGUGUGCAAAAGUUGCCCACAAUGUGCUGUAAAAGAGACAAGGUUUCAGUGGAGAGAAAAACCCACCUGUCUCCCAUCUUGCACUUUGUAUCCUCAGGGCUAGGUCUGUUGACAGAAAAAGGGGGACCCUUACUGAGCAUCCUGUGAAGGUUCGUAAUGGUCAGGGAAGCCCAGGGGACUUCUCCACUGCUGGAGGUGGGAUGGGGACAUCGGAAUUGUCUGAAAAAGUGGAGAAAAGUGAGAAAAAUCAGAAUUCUAUUUAUACCCUUGUCUCUGUGCCACUUCUCUUCACUUGUCUUUAUCUUGUUCUGUCUCAUGAGUUUCACCAGGAGCAUUUGGGAGGUCUAGGGGUGGAGGUGAAAGUUGAGACCUGAUGCUGGAGGGGAAGCCAAGGAAGAGGGUUUUUAUGCUGAAGACCUGGAUGGAAGCAGUGCUAACAUCCCCAAGGGGCUAGAGAUGGCAAAUGAUUCUUCCCAAUCAGUACUCACUCUGUGGGAAAGUAACACUGGGAAAAGAACUAUCUUAGCAACAAACAGAUUUGGGAGGAGAAGGAUAAAUAAUAACCCAAUACCAGUGCCUGAGGUUGAAACUGACUAAAAGGGGACAAAGGAAACCAGGAAUCCAGUUCUGAAAUACCCAGGACUCCUGUCCUCACACCCCUCCUGGGACAUACCCACUAUGGAGACACUUGAUGUGGAGGUCUCAGGCUCUGGGAGUUUGUACAGCUGGCCAGUCUCUUCUCUUGAUGACCAGAAGCUAGUGCUGCUUAUUCAUGCUGCAAUUCCAUUUAGAUGUUGAGCAACUUCUGAGCUUCCCUUUUUCUAGACUGAGUUCCAGUCAUGGUUCUGGGACAAAGUAGCUGUGUGUGGUCCAGAGUAGUUCACUGAUACAAUCAACAAAAUUGGUUGAAAACAAUGUGUGUCAGGCAUGCUGAGUUCUGGGACAAAAACACUGAGCGAGUCAUAGACCUUACCCUCCAAGAACAGAACAGCCAGACACUAAUGAUACAACUCCAUAGCACCAUGUAAAUUACCAAAAAAAAAAAAAAAAAAAGAAAAAAUUGCUGUACGUGAGUAUUGAAUUAUAACUAAGUAAGGUGGCUAGAACUAUAAUCACCCCAAGAAUCCAUUCACCAAUCGAAUAUUUGUCCAUUUGUCAACAAUUACUAUUUGCCAGUCACUGCUAAGUGGUAAGUGAUACAGAAUUAGUCCUUUUGGAGCUCACAAUUUAUUGGAAUAUGAAAACAAUUUAAUAAUUACCCCAAAAGUGUGAUGAGUGCUGUGAGAAGGGUGGUACAGGGUUCUGUGGGGUAGUGGUGGCUUCAUGUAGAAGGGUCUAGUGAUGCUCCUCAGAAAGAAGUGGAGGACAGAGCUAGAAACUGUGAUUGUAUAGCAAGUUAUAUAAGACUGGGGCGAAAAAAAAUCAGUGGUGUGUGGUAAAGAAUUGCUGUGGGAACACCCAACAGGGGCCAGUCUUGGUGAGUCAGAGAAGGUCUCCUAGAGGGACAGAGGUCCAAGCUGAGGCCUGAAAACUCAGCAGGAGUUAGCCAGGCAUUGAGAGGGAAAGAGAAUUCCAGAGGGGACAGCAAAGGAUAGGAACAAGCGCGUGACAGUCUGGAAGGCUGACUGGUUCAGCAUGGCUGGGUCAGAGGGUGCAAGGGGGAAGGUGAAGCUGGAGAGGUAGGCUUGGGUCAGCUCUUGCUGGGCCUCAUCAGCCUUGCUAAAGAUGAAGUCUUUAUCCAGAGGGGCAUUGAAGAACUUCACGCCUAAGACCAAGAAGGAGAGAUUUGUGUCAGUUCGGUUGCACUGCGGAGACUGGUUUGGAAAACGGAGAGAGAUCAGACUUUUGCAGAGAUCCCAGAGAAGGACUGGAAACCAGAAUUAAAGGGCUUAGGGGAAGAGAGGUGUGGCUGCAGAUGGAUUUGGGCAUACAGGUGGGAGGAGGGUAGCUGAGAUCCUUGAGAAGAGAGCCGAGGAAGAACGUGGAGAAUAUAAAAGGGAGGGCAGGGAAAGAGGAACCAGCAGACAGGAUAAAACCUCGGAAGUGUGGUGCACUGAAAGCCAAGGAAGGAGGAAGGAAGGGCACAGUGGAAUGCUGCUGAGGGUUAAUGACAAGAAGGAAGAAUGUUCACUGGGUUUGGUAAAAAGAAGCCUUCCUGGUCUUGGUGGGAGCAGCUCCAUUGGACAGGUGGGACCAGAAGUCCCAGAUGUCAGGGGAUUGAGAAUAAUUUGAAGGAAGGAAGUGAAGGCAGUGGAGAAAAGGAGAUAAUUUUUAAAGAAGUUUGGCUAUGUUUCGAGGGAGAGAAAAAUGGAGAGAGCAAAGUAUAUAAAAUCGAGAAAAAAAUGCUUUAAAAUUUUGCACGUUUUAACACACUGUUUAGAAGGGUUGAGUGGAGGAGGGAAGACUGAAAAUGCAGGAGAGUGGGGAUUAGUGACGGAACAAGCCCUGGAGAGCGGGCGGGGGCGGCAUUGACAGUCCCGGCGCAGGGAUUACCCUCCCACGGGAGCCUGGUGGCUUCUGUCGUAAUCGGAGGAGACAGCGCUGACAUUCAGCCGGUUUGCACUGGUACUGUUCAACCAGUUACUAAAACACUUCUGUACCAGUUAGUAAGUAGUAUAAGAGUAACUGCAAUAAGCAGUAAAAAUGAUUAAUAAAAUACAUUAUAAUAUGAACUCAUCAGUUCAAGUAAUAAGAGAUCGCGACAGCCAUUGGUAAAAUGGGCUUCCCGCUGUACUUGAGACGCUUCGCAGCGCCAUCUGCCGAUGGGGUAGCGUCACUGCAGGCUAAGCGGCUGCUUUGAGCCUUAUUAAACUCUAAAAUUGCCUGUUCAAAUUAUCUUUGAAUUAUGGAGUUGCUAUUGCUUCUAAAUAGUUUAGCUUCUGCUUUGAUUUUCUUGCUAGUACAUUGUCAUUCUUGCAUCAGUAGUAAAUUGCAGUGUUUUAAUAUUUCCAAAUUCAAGAAUUUUUAACAAACUAUUAAAGCCAAACGAA